AUGAGUGGCAAAGAAGACCUUGAAACUCCGUCACAAUACCACGGUGAACAGGCAAUCAUAGGAGGCCCUAAGGUGGUGACUGGGUGCUGGCCGUGGCCAAAGUCCCAGGGCUUCGACCUUCUGAAAGUGAACCCUGAGACAGAGGGCGCCACGUCUCCCGUCUUGCCGCUGAAGAAGGCACAGGCGCGGAUCGCCAUUGGAAACGUGGACGUUGAGAAGAAAAUUGAAAGGAGAAAAGCUGACCUGAGCAACAUUCCCCCAGCCCCACUCUUCCAGCUAUCCACCGACACAUCCUUCAACAGCGUUCCUCUUCCCCUUGAGAUCCCGGGGAACUUGAACAACAAGCAGCCAUCCGCCUUCUCUUCCUCCUCCUCCUCCUAUGUGGAGGAAAAUUACGUCUCUCCGACGCAAGAUAUCUUCAAGACGAGUGCUUCAUACGACGGUCCAACGUCCCCCAGUGUGGCCACAUCUACCUCCAUCAAGUUCGGCUCAAGAAACACCCUGAGCCCAGCAGAAGGGCACUUGCAACCACCAUCAAGUAAUCAGUUUCAGAGUCAUACUUCACUUUCAGCGUCGCCUACAGUUCCCAGCCGGCCCCAUAGUGGCGUAACCUUAGACUCCUUCGCUGGGAUCUUUGAUUCUGACAUUGGAUUAUCUGAUGACCCCAGCGGGGAGACGUUUAUCAUUGAUGAUAACGAUAUUAGUCAGGACUUAGAUGCUGACGACGUCUCAGACCAGUCUUAUAAUGCACCACAAUCCCUAAGUCAGUCCUUCAGUUCCCUCGUUCCUCCCAGCAAGUCUUACAAUGCUCCUUCUCUUUCCAGUCAGUCUUUAGGUGUUCCAUCGUCAUCAAUCCAAUCUUACAAUGUUCCAUCCCCACCAAGUCAGUCUUACAAUGCUUCACCAUCUCCUAGUCAGUCUUACAAUGAUCCACCGUCCCCUAGUCAGUCAUACAAUGCUCCUCCGUCCCCUAGUCAGUCUUACAAUGAUCCACCGUCCCCUAGUCAAUCAUACAAUGAUCCACCGUCCCCUAGUCAGUCUUACAAUGCUCCACCGUCCCCUAGUCAGUCAUACAAUGCUCCUCCGUCCUCUAGUCAGUCUUUCAAUGCUCCACCGUCUCCUAGUCAGUCUUACAAUGCUCCUUCGUCCCCUAGUCAGUCUUACAAUGCUCCACCGUCCCCUAGUCAGUCUUACAAUGCUCCACCGUCCCCAAGUCAGUCUUACAAUGCUCCACUGUCUCCUAGUCAGUCUUACAAUGCUCCUCCGUCUCCUAGUCAGUCUUACAACGCUCCGCCGUCCCCUAAUCAAUCUUACAAUGCUCCACCGUCCCCUAGUCAGUCUUACAAUGAACCACCGUCCCCAAAUCAGUCUUACAAUGCCCCACCGUCCCCUAUUCAGUCUUACAAUGCUUCACCGUCCCCUAGUCAGUCAUACAAUGCUCCUCCGUCCCCUAGUCAGUCUUACAAUGCUUCACCGUCCCCUAGUCAGUCUUACAAUGAACCACCGUCCCCAAGUCAGUCAUACAAUGCUCCUCCAUCCCCUAGUCAGUCUUUCAAUGCUCCUCCGUCCCCUAGUCAGUCUUAUAAUGAACCACCGUCCCCAAGUCAGUCUUACAAUGCCCCACCGUCCCCAAGUCAGUCUUACAAUGCUCCACCGUCCCCUAGUCAGUCUUACAAUGCUUCACCAUCCCCUAAUCAGUCAUACAAUGCUCCUCCGUCCCCUAGUCAGUCAUACAAUGCUCCUUCGUCCCCUAGUCAGUCAUACAAUGCUCCACCGUCCCCUAAUCAGUCAUACAAUGCUCCACCGUCCCCUAGUCAGUCAUACAAUGCUCCUCCGUCCCCUAGUCAGUCUUACAAUGAACCACCGUCCCCUAAUCAGUCCUACAAUGCUCCUCCGUCCCCUAGUCAGUCAUACAAUGCUCCACCGUCCCCUAAUCAGUCAUACAAUGCUCCACCGUCCCCUAGUCAGUCCUACAAUGCUCCUCCGUCCCCUAGUCAGUCUUACAAUGAACCACCGUCCCCUAAUCAGUCUUACAAUGCUCCAUUUGAGCCAAGCCAAUCUUACAAUGUCCCAGCAGCACCUAGCCAGUCUUACGACUCCCCUGUUCCUCUAGGUACUUCCUAUGCAUCCUCAAGCGGGAGCAAUGUUGGAGGGGAAGGAGCGUCUGGAGGUGGAAGUUCUGUAGAAGGAGGUGGGGGAUACGAUGGUGGGAAGUUUGAGACUCUCAGUUUGUCUUACGAGGGUCUUAAGACGCCCAGCGCCUCCUAUGAGACAGCCCCAGCGCCUAGCGCUUCCUAUGACGCUCCUUCGGCUCCCAGCACAUCCUACAGCGUUCCUCAAACUCCAGGUGACUCCUACGCCCCAGCACCCAGCACUGACGGUGCUCCAGAACCUCCAAGUGUCACCUAUGCAGCUCCACCUGCUCCUUCAGGUGGCGGUGAACUCAGUUCCAGUUUCAUUGUGUUCCACUUAGGUGGUGGAGGAAGUUCUGGUGACAGUGGAGGAUAUAGUGGAGGAAGUUCUGGUGACAGUGGAGGAUAUAGUGGAGGAAGUUCUGGUGAUAGUGGAGGAUAUAGUGGAGGAAGUUCUGGUGAUAGUGGAGGAUAUAGUGGAGGAAGUUCUGGUGACAGUGGAGGAUAUAGUGGAGGAAGUUCUGGUGAUAGUGGAGGAUAUAGUGGAGGAAGUUCUGGUGAUAGUGGAGGAUAUAGUGGAGGAGGAGUUUCUGGUGACUGGUGA